AUGCCAACUAUUGAUUUGUUUAUCAAACCAUAUCCAACACUUUUUAUAAAAGGUGAUAACUUAGAAUGUGUAAGAGAUGGACUUUCAAUUUAUCCAAUUCGUUGUGGUCAUGUUUAUCAUAGACUUGAACAUGAAGAUCAUUGUUUUUAUCAUAAUGAGGUACAAAUUCCAUUAAUGGAGGGAAUGAUAAUAAAAAGAUGCAUAAAUUUUGAAAAAGGAUGUAAUUUUUAUGUCCCAUUAAAAUAUCCACAUAAAGGAAUUUUUACUUUCAAUGAUCAUCUACAAUCUAUUGUUUACAAGCCUUUUUCAAAUUAUAAUAAUAUUAAAGAAGAUAGUACAGAUAACGAUUUGACUAACUAUCUUUUAAAUACAGUUCCAUUAUUUAUAAAAUACCUAGAUUCCGCUGAUUUAAAUUGUUUGUCAGCAACAAAUAGAAGCUUACACUAUCAUUUAUCAAGUUAUUUUAAAAGUCAGCAAAUUAUUUACUUAGUCGAUAGAAAAUGGAUUAAAAAAGAUAAUGGAAAGUGGGAACCUGGUUUAUUUGAAAGAAAAUUUUCAAAAGUACAAAAAAAAAUUAACUUUUGUUCAGAUCCAAAGAUAAUUGGUUCGUUGACUGAUCAUUUACAAAAAUGUAUUUUUAAUACUCCAAUUAAUUAUGAGAAUCAAAAAGUUUCAACAUUAAUAUCAAAACUUCAAAAUAAUUUAAACAUUUAA